AGGGAAGGCAAAGCUUGUCCUUUAACCCUUUUCCCCUUGUGCAAAGAGCCUGUCACAGACUAUAGAGACUGCAGCCUGGAUUUUAUUGCUUAUUAACUAUGCUAUUAAGAGAGUAGCUUUCCUUGAAUGCUAGCAUUCCUGUAUAUCUACUUCUAAGCUGGUUUGUUUUGCAGGGCUGGAUACUGGGAGGUGCAAACAGACUGGGCAUGAUGAGAAUGAAGCAGCAGAGCUACAUCUCCAUAAAUCCAUCUCAUGAACUCAUGACUGGGUCUCAUGAGUCAUAACCACUGAACAUGAGGAGCAUUUUGUAGAUAUCUUUUUUCUGCCAAGGCAGAAUAGUUUUUUGAAACAUCACAAAUUCCUCUGGCUGCUGUGGGGAGACACAAACCAUUCUGCAGAUGUCACCUGCUAAUGGCAGAGAUCCCCUCCUCUCCAUGAGGAAGGGAACAAAUGAAGUUAAUGGGAGUGCUGCAGGACAGGGACGGGUUCAUUGAAGAGCAAAUAAGCCUUGUGUGAUGCUCUGAAUUAUUUAUGGUCUUUUGUGAAUUAUUUUCUUUUAGGAAACAGCCCAAGCAUCACUAUUCUCAUUAAACAGCCAGGGGAGGGCAGCAGCUGCUGUUGGACUAGGAAUGGAUCCAAGCUGGAAGCAGUCAUUUUCCUCCUACCCACCCUCGAAAGCCAGAGGUUUAUUCCAUUCCAGGACACAAUGAAAGCACAGGGCACAAAUGAAAGCUGACUUUGGUUUAAAGCACUCUUUGCUGUUGGAAUUGGGAUAGGGUUUAUUUAAUUCUUCACAGCUCUUAAUCAAGUUGUUGCCUCCUUUCCCCCUCCUUUCUUUGGCCCCUGCCACUGUAUGGCAACAAAACACCUUUUUUCUCAACAGCCCCGGUGUCUGGAAUAGUUUCUAUUUGCCUCAUUAACUCCCUGCUCCCACAAACAUCCCAGGACUGUCAGCAAAGCACUCACUAAUUUGUUUUCCAGCUCUAGAGCACAUUCUUUUCCAAAGUAUGAAGGUCAGGAAAGGAGGAGAGAUCCAGCCUGUGAUUAAGGAAGGAAAUACAGUUUAAGUUCAUUUCUGCAUGAGAAUUAAUGACUUUCAUUUCAACUAAAACCAGUUUGUAAAUAGUUUAGGUACCCAAAAAAGGUAUAAAGGUGUCUGGAUCACAGGUACAGAGAUGAUUUAUAUAGAAGUGCAACCUUAAGCGAUCCUCACAAUUAUUUCUUGAGUGAUGGAUAUUUUAGGACAGUCCUAGAUGGAGACUUGCUUUUAAUACAACAUUAAUAUCCACCAGUUGUUCUGGAUCAUGUUUUUCAGCAUAUAAUAUUUGGACUUGAUGAUCCUGGAUGUUUUCUCCACCUAAACCAUUCUAUGAUUCUAUAAAUUGAGUUAAAGUGUCUCUGUACUGGACCCAUCAGCCAUGCAGCUGGAGUGUGCUGGGAGUGUGUUUGUAUCUGUAUCUGCACUGAUUUAAAAAAAGAGCGGGAUCCCUUGGUGGUGUCUCAGGGAUGUUUUUUUCUUGUGUAAUUGUAGUCUGAUGUUUGAUUUUGUCACUCAGGUGUCCUGCUCAUCCACCGCCGGUCCUGGCAGCUGCUCUUCCUGCAGCUGAAAAGACAAACCCUUCAUCAUGAGCCAGCACAGCCCAUCCACAAGCCACUCAUUCCUGGGGCAGAGAUAGGAUCUCUUGCUGCCACCCGCACAACCACUUUUAUGUGAGGCUGAAAUGAAGGUGUAGCAGCAGAACAAGCCUUGCCUCUGCUUUUACCACCUACUUUACCUCCUGUUGCCUGUUUAUGAAAGCUGGUGUUAGCAUUCGUCAUAAUAAUAAUAAUACUUUGCACUUCCCAAACAACCAUCCAUCUGCAGCACUCGAGCUGCUGGCAAACCUUUAAUUAGAUUGUGCCUCCCACCACCCCCAGGAAGGAGACAAACAUUAUCACAUUUUUUCAUUAGCACUGAGGCUGAUGAUGAAUCUUCAGGGAGAAGAUGUUGCAGUAACAGCUGAGAGAAAAAGAAAAAGAAAAAAACCAAAAAUACGAAAUCAAAUUCAAUUCGGGGUUUAGCUUGAGGAGCUGGAGGGAGUCAGACACACCUCAGUCUUUUCCUAGGAGUAAGAAGGGGUAUAUUCCUAAAGAACUGAAAUGGAAUCACAUCCAUUUGUGCCCACAGUGAUUUUAGCAUGCAUGGAGUUUCGGUGACCUGCUAGGGGAUUUGGGGGGAUUUGUUAUCUUUUGUCCCAACCACCUGUCAGAGUUAAAUCCUCAUUUUUCUCAUGGGGAUGGUUUAAAAGAAACCGCCUUUCCUCAACUGUUUAAGGCACUGAAAACUUCCUUCACUGUCUAUAACUUAACUUGCCCUUUUCAAAGAGGCUUUCUCUUUGGUCUUUACUCUUUUCUGGUCCUUUAUGGAAAAAGGCACAUUGAUUCUCUGUGUAGAUACUUUACAGCUGGGCCUUGUUCUUCCCGUCACUCUCCAGCUGCUGCACUCCCACUUCAUCUUUCCCCACUUUCUCCAAGGGCUUGACUCCUACUGCUUGGGAAGCAGCUUCUUGCUCUUUGGGGUAGUGGUUUGUAGAGGUAGAUGGUUGCAGAAAGGAAAACUGAGAUGAAAGAGGUCCCCUUCAGCAGAUGGUGCUGCUGCAAAAAAGGUAUGGUUCUCAUCCUGCAUUAUUUUCGGGGGUAGGUCUGUAAGGAAGAACUCCCAUGAGGGUUGUAUUUUUCCCUAUGCUUGGAUUUAAUGUUGUAACAAGUUCCUAAGCUUAAGCUUGGGUGAAACUGCCAUUUGUGGAAGCCCCUUUGCUACUGUGAGCUUCCCAGGACCCUUUUGCAGGUGUACUCAUCCCAUCCCUGUUCCACUCAUCCUGCUUCUCAGGCACUGUUGGAAGUGAGCAGUGAUGGGUGUAUGGCACAGACUCUUGCUUCCUUCCUUCCUCCCACUUGAUAUGAAGAUAAUGGGAAUAAAAGGCUGCUGGCUAUGGCUUGGUGGCUUUUCUGGCUGUGCUGGACCACAGCCCAUCACCCUGGGGAGGCUGCUUUGCUUCUGUACUGCUCCAGCUUUCUGUGGGUCACUGGCUCUGGGCAGGGCUGGUCCUGCAAGGUUGCUUGGGGUGCGUUUGGCAACACAAGUGAGAGAAAUAUACAACUUCCUAGGAGAACUUCUAGGUUGGGAAUGUGACUGUGCCAGGGUCAGGGGCUUGGGCAGGGCUCUGGGGUGAUGUUGAAUGUUUCUGCUCCAUUACCUCAAUGUUGUGGAAGGACAUGAGGACACUCAGAUGGCCUGAGGUAUUUAUUUGCCUGAAGCAUUUGCACUGCUCAUCUCUGUAGCCAUCAGUUGGAUGGGCAGCAGCUUUGAGGUGGCUUGUGUCUGUGGUUGCUUGGAGAAGGGCAGCGUUGUUGUAUUAGAGAAGAAAAGGAGUGGAAACAAGCUGUCCCGUCUGCCCAUCUUUUGGGGGAGAGAGGGCCAUGGCCCCCAUUUCUCAGCUGCUGUUGGCUGGGAGGUGAAGCUCACAAAGGCUCUGCUCUGGUUUGUGAACUUCUGGCCCAAAAUCUCGUGUCCUCAGGCAACUUUUAUAAGAUUGGACCCCCUAAAAUGUUAUCAUGUCCCUGACAACCCAGUUCACAGACUUCCAGCAGAGCCCUGUCAGACCUUACUGCUGCCUUCUCUUGGCUUGGCUCUUUCCCCAGUCAUCCCCAGCCCCAUCCUAACAACUGAAUACACAUGGUUGCCAUGGGAACAGGAAUUGGCUGCUUAUUCUGAUUUUUGUGGCAAACUCCAGGACAGUUGUUGGCUGUUCUUUUUAAUAGCAGACAGGAGGUGACCCAGGUUGUGAAAGGUGGUUGACUCAGGGUGCUUUGAACUGGCCCACGGGAUGUUCAGCUCCAAACAUCCUGUCUGAGGGGCACCUCCCCAUGGUGGCUUCUCUCUUUAUCUGCCUCUUCUGAGUAAUAACCUCCUUGCUGACACAUCUGGAGAGGGAGAAGGACAGGCAGGAGUCACAGGUAAACUCUUCCAUCCAUACAUCAGUGAGCAGCUGUGCCAUGGGAUCGACAUGGCUGCUGGAACUUGGAAAGAAGGAACAUGGGGAGAGCAUCCAUGAGAGACAAGGGUUCAUUGUGAUGACAGCUGUGGGUGAGGCUGGUAGAAGUGGUGCUGAUGGUGCCAGAAAUCUCUCGCUUUAGCCAUUUUUAGAGGGAUUAUUGUGUUUUGGAGCUGCGUGAUAGCAGAAGAUGGAAGAUGUUCAGCCUGAAGAGGAGAAGGCUUUGGGGAGCCCUUAGAGUCCCUUCCAGUGCCUAGAGGGGCCCGAGAGAGCUGGAGAGGGACACCUGGAGUGUCAGGACAAGGGGAAUGGCUUCCCACUGCCAGAGGGCAGGGAUAGAUGGAAUAUUAGGAGGAAAUCCUUCCCUGUGAGGGUGGGGAGGCCCUGGCACAGGGUGCCCAGAGAAGCGCUGACUGCCCCAUGCCUGGAAAUGUCCAAGAAUGGAGGAGGAGUCACAAAGAGAAGACCCUCCCAAAUGUCUGUUGCCAGGUGCUGAGCUUGUCCUCUGCACACAAGCUGGCUGUCCUGAAAUGCUGAUGGGUGCUUGUAGAGAAUGCUGGCGUAUCCAGAGGGACAGCAGCAAUCCCCUCCACUAGAGCAGGUCCAGAGAAUGAGCCCGAUGCCAACAACUUUUUUGGGCAGUGCCCUCCGGGGCACUUUCUUCUUCACCUUUGGCCUGUGGUGGUCAGUGAGGUACCCCCUGAAGUACCUCAGGAGGAAAGGGGGUGCUGAGGGCCAGCCGGGCCGUGGGCACGCGGAGGUCUUUGAAGGCGCAGUCAAAGCUUUCUUUGCUCUAGUAGGGAUACUGGUGGAGCAGUUUGUCCCCACUGGUCCCCACCUGCAGCUGUACAGCCCCAAGACGCACAGCUGGACUGACCUCACCCACUGGCACUACUCCACCAUCUACCUCUUCUUCCUCCUCUCCGGCAUCACAGACGUGGUCUCACACUCCCCACUCAAGCUGCCCCCUGGCUUGGACCGGCUCUUGCUGUCCCUGGCUCUGCUUGUGGAAGGUUUGCUCUUCUGUUUCCGUGACUACAAGGAUGCUAUGCUGGACCAGCACCUCCACUCCCUGCUGGCCAUGGCUAUCUUUGCCGGAGCCCUCUGUGCCCUCCUAGAGGUGUUUCUCCGAGACCAUAUCAUCCUGGAGACAUUUAGGACCAGCUCCUUCCUUCUCCAGGGCUCUUGGCUUUGGCAGAUUGGUUUUGUGUUGUGCCCUCCGUGGGGAGGACCAGGCUGGGAUCAGAGUGACUCCAGCAACCUCUUGUUCCUCACCAUGUGCUUCUGCUGGCACUACUUGGGUGCUCUUGCCAUUGUGGCCGCCAACGCUGCUGCAUCCCGCUGCUGCAAUGAGUCCUGCCAGCUGAAAUUUGGGGACAUCGACGUGGAGUUGGACUGUGGUUUGUGUCUCCACAGAGGGAAGAAGAGCUCCAGUGGCGCCUUGCUGCCGGAGAGCAGCUUGGAUGACAAAUGAGGCUGUGGUGGGCAUGGAAAUCUCUUCCUUGAUGGUUUAGAGCUCUUGAGAUGAAGUCUUUAAUUAGUCUUGAUAAACUACCGUGGCACUUGACAGUGGAGCAUCAGAAGUAGGAGGCAGGACCCUGACCCUGAGGCAGAGCGUGACAGGAGAUGCCCAGUCUUUCCUUGUGCAUCCCUUUGGUAGCCACGAGUUCUUAAUUCUCUGAGCUGCAGCUCAGGCUGCAGACUGCAGCACUAGUUUGCUGUUGGAGUCCAACUGGAGUGGCAAAUCUGGGUAUUUUUUCUAACAUUUUCCUUUCUGCUUCCUCCGAAGGGAGCCAAACCAGCGUUCAAAGCUCCUGGUGGCUGUCAUUCACUCUGGUGUUAAUGGAGAGGGUUUUGUACUAAGCUGAAUGUACAGACUAUCUGUGAUCACCAAUAAAGUGCUUUAACACAUCUCCUCCAUGGAUCUCUUGAACACCGUGCUGCAGGCUAAGGCAAUGUUGGCUUCAAAAUGGUUUAGGCAGUGGAUGAAAUAUCUGAGGGGUGGGACUGUGUAUGAUUUAAUGUGGAUAAAUCUGCCCAAGGAAGAAUGGGGGGCCAGGGGAUGGAAAGAAUUUAGGGUAGCUGCUCUCCUGCUUGUUUAUCGUCAGAAGCUGAGUUAGGCUCAUGAGCCAGGGGUAUGGUGUUCUUGGGAGAUGGGAUGUUUGCUGGGCAGGGGACUCAGCUGAGAGACCCUUGAAGCAAAAUUAUGGUUUCUGCUGGCUGGUGGUGGGUGUAUGGAUGGUCUAGGGAAGUCUCUGAGAGCCCUGAAGUGAUUUCAAUUUUUCUCCAACACCUUUAUUCUCUCCUUGGAGCUGGUCACUUCCAAAGAAAACCUCCCAGUUAGGGGUGUCUGCCUUGCUGUUGGAGUCUCCUUUUGUUUGCAGCAGAACAGUGUGGGGAGA